UGGCGGUAAUGGAGGGGUGACUGUCUCGCCUCACUGUGUUUACUCACCUGCUUGGCUGUCCUGCUACAACAAAAUAAUAAGAAUCGAUAGAGGUUUGCUUAAAUGAUCUCUUCAACGGACUGGUAAACCUGAACACUUGAGACCUUCACAAAAACCUAUUGUGUGCGUAUGCGAUAAUUUAAAGUGGCGGAAAGAUGCUACCAACCCUCUACCCCGAACUAGCUUGGGGAUCUGUGUGAAUGCGUGGCAGCAGCAGCAACAACAAGAUGAGUGUGGAGGGCUUCCGAGAUCAUAUGAGGAGGGAGACCAACAACCUCACUAACCUGUGCAGACACUUUAAGGGAGUGGUGAAGGAGACGCAGGACAUUCCCGAGGAUGUUUCAGGAGACAUCAUGGUUGCCGUUGGUCAGGCUGAGCUGCUCAUGAAGGAACGCUUCACUCAGUUCUCUCACCUCAUUGAUGAUUGCGAACUGAAGCGUGGGGAGAAAGAGGUCACCUGUCAGGAUCUUCAGGGCUUCUGGGAUAUUGUAUACGUCCAGGUGGAAGAUGUAAUGAACAAAUUCAGUCAGCUUAAGAACUUGGAGAAGAAUGGCUGGGUGAUAACCAAGCCAUCAGCACCACCACUCACUCAGAAGCCACCUGCCGUCAAAAAAACUGAGAACAAAAAGAUGGGACCACCAAAGCCUGUAAAGGGAAACAGUGACCUGCGGGCCAUGAUUCAAGCAGCGCGCCGCAAAGCUAAGCAAGAAAAAGAAAAUGCCAAUGGAGAUGUAAAGGAAUCCCACUUCGCAGUGCGUAUGGAGAACAAGAGUCCCCUGAAGGAGGUCCAGGAGAAGCAGGUGGAGAAUCCCUUCAAGACACCCAUCAAGCCAGUCAAGACAAAGGCAGCACUAAAACACCACACGCCUGGUCGGGACGAGGUGAGGGUGCUGGCAUCGUCACUCCUCAGGGAACAGCUGCACAUGUCUCCUGUUGUCCACAAAGACUACUCUCCCUGCAUGCGUGUCACUCGCUCCAUGAAGGCCAAGGCUUCCACCAAGAAACUGGGAUUCUGAAUGAUUUUGAUGUUUUUAAGACUUCUUGGUACCUGUCUUCCUUUUUCAAUGCAUGCAUGUAAUAUGUAUAAAGAUGGCAAACUUUAUGUUUAUAUAUGCAAUAUUCAUGUGCCUGAAGUAUAUUUAUUAAUACAUUAUUGUCUUCAUUGGUGUUGUUUCACUAGAAAGUUUGAUUUAAGUUCAGGAAGAUAAUGUUCAGUUUUACAUGCAAGUCUAGUUUAUAUAAAAAAAAAAAUUGUGAAGAAUCUCAAAAGGUUUGUAGUAUUGAUGACAUAAACUACAUAUUGUUACUUUUUUUUUUUUUUUUUUUAUGGAUGCUUUUGCUAAAUUUCCACAAACACUUCACUGUACAUAAUAGUUUAUCUUAAAAGAUAAGUGUGUUACUCAUGGUAGAGAUCCUGUUUACCUGGUUUAAUGAUGGCCUCCCUCGUUUAUUGAUCCGUCAUUUUUUUUGGAAGCAUCCCAUCAACUUACAAUUCAUAAUGUGCAGUACCAUGUACUCAGGUUAAGGUUCCAAAGUCAAGUAUUAUACUUAGAUAGAGAAGUGCUUCUGCAUGAAGCAAAAUAUAUAUUCUUACAUACAUAUAUGCCACAGAAUACAUAUAUUUCUACAUACACCUAUCUUAGUGUCUUUCUCCCAUGUCUUCUGUUCUAAUUUCAGUUCAUAUUACUGUUUUUCACAACUAGUCCAAUAUGUUGCUCAUGUGGUCGGGCAGCUUACUUCCAUGAAGAACCACUGGAUCAUCCUUAUUAUCCUGAACACUCCUUAAAGUAAAGGACUGGAACAUUAUGCUGAUACAAUUUGGUUUGAGUGGAUAGUUGUAAUAUUAUUCAGUAUUUUAUGAAGUCAACCAAAACAUAAAUAACAAUGUUUUAUUUCAGUGAUGAAGUAAGGAAAUGUAAAUACCUAUGUAGUACUGAUUUGUGAAAUUAAAUUAGUAAAGUGUUACAUAAUUAAUUU